CUGAAUUGUGAGACAAUCUGGUAGGAAUAAUUUUUUUGUAUUUAUUUCAAAACACUAACACAUAGUGUUUUAAAUUUUGUAAACUGGCUUCAUAUUUGAUAUCGUUUUUUAUAAACUGACGUAAAAGUCCAGUUGUCUAGCAGUUGCGAGAACUCCACCUACCCUGGAAUUGACAGACGCGAGAAAGGCAAUCAGUCCCAAUCAAUAUGGCAUUAAGAGCUUGUGGGCUUAUCAUUUACCGAAGACUUUGUCAAGCACCAUCAAAGCCAGAAGAAAAUAUUCAGUUUUUACUUCUUCAGACAUCAUAUGGUCAUCAUCACUGGACACCCCCAAAAGGGCAUGUAGAUCCUGGAGAGGAAGACCUACAGACUGCUCUCAGAGAAACCGAAGAAGAAGCAGGACUAAAAUCCAUGGAUAUUCAAAUUAUUGAUGGAUUCAAAAAGGAACUGCAGUAUAACGUCCGAAAUCAACCCAAGACUGUUGUGUACUGGCUGGCUGAGUUGAGAGAUAACAACAUUGAAAUAUGCCUGUCAAAGGAGCAUCAAGCUUAUCGCUGGUUGGGCUUGGAGAAGGCCUGCCAGUUAUCAGGGUACCAGGAUAUGCAGGAAGCCUUACAAGAGGCUCACAGCUUUCUUCUUAGGAGAAAGCAAAACUAAGGUACAACCAUCCAGCUCACAGAGUGGGAAGUUCCAAAGAUAGCCAUAUCUAAGAAGAUCUUGUCAUAUCCUUUAUUUUUAUUUGCCAAUCAUAUUUAAACGGAUUUUGCAUUAUGUGGUUGAUUUAGCUGCUGAACUUUGAUUAUAAUUUUAUAUGAAAUGUCAAAUGGCUUAUAACUUUAAAGUGUUGUCUAUUAAGUCUCAGAACCUAAUAUAAUGUUCAGCUUGCAAGGAGUCACAUUAUUCUGAUGUACAAUUUUGUUAAACUUCUUUUUUGAGGUAAAAAUCAUAAAAUUUUAUUGUUAAGCUGUAUGACAUUUUAUGGAGUCUGCAGAAGGUAAAGCAGAAUAAAUACUCGGCAUUGUGAUUACUGAAAAUAAUGGGGGGUUUUUUUAUAAUUAUUCUGGAUAAAUUGUGUAACCCUGUAAAACAAAAUACAUACAAUUAACAUUAGAAAUUAUGUUUCAUUUAAAUUCUUGAACUGCACAAUUGAGGAAAAACAAAAUUUAGUAAACACACUGAACAGUAAAUUGGUCUGUUAAAACUGCAUUAUGUCUACUGCAGUAUAUAUAAAAGAAUAAAAGGAGGUGCCGUCGCAUCGUGUCUUGCAAGAAUCUCAUGUUCUAUAUCCUCGCGAGACGCUCCGUGGCCAUUCUCUUUCGUCUUGCAGGUCAUUUAUUUGUCUUCCGUGAUGAUCACGUAUCGUCUCCUAGUCAUUCCAUCCCACAGGAUUUUCUUUUAUAAUAGAGAGAUACUUUAAAUUUCAGUUUAUUUAAAAUGUACAGUAGGUGCUUAAUAAUUAGUUUAUAUCAUUAUUUUAAUACACUACAACCAAAAGAUGUUCUGUUAGAGAGAAUAAUCGUAGUAAAAAGAAAGGGCUUGUUUGCUUCAAAUUAUAUGCCUCCGAAUAUAUACUAGGCCAUGCAUAAACACCUUCUCGAACUCUGUAGAGAAAUUUUCUAAGCUUUUUGUAGGGCUUUAAUGAGAGCCUAUCACAAACACAGAAACAAAGGGUCACUUUAUAUACACACUAAAUUCAGGAUGAAGCAGAUUUAGUCCAUUAUUUCUAAAGUACAACACCUCUGCAAAGCAUACCAUCCAGGCUAACUGUACAAAUCAUCCAUCACUUCUUCCUUGUGUAUGUAGGUCAUUAUCUGCUGACCUUUAGGAUCUUUAUAAUUGUCAUACCAUUUGGGUGAUAUCUUUUGAGACACAACAACCAGUUAGAGAAAAUACAACAGUUAAACAUGUUAAUGUCAUCAUAGUUCUCUGUGCUGCUAGACCGAUCAAGAUUUACAUUCUUAACUCAUCUUCUAUCUUAAAAUUAAAAUAGUGGUGUUUAUUAAGUAGAUGUUAGGAUUCAUGGUUGCUACACUGACCUUGUUCUUUUGUCAAUAAUAAAUAACACAGUAAACUGACCACUAUAUCUACCAUUGUGGCAUUUACAUAUAGUAGAAAAUAUAUAUGAUUAGCUAUAGCUUUUAAAAACGUUUAGGUGUAUAAGUUAAAAAAAAAAACUUAAUGAAAUACAAUACAUUCAAAUUACAUUAAAGGGAGUAUAAAUUUAAUAAUAAGAAAUUAGCAAUGUAAAAAAAAUAAAUCAAUUGAUUAGAACAUGUGAAAUUGCAUGGUGCUCCUAGCCUAAUUUUAUUGAAAAGACAGAAAAAAUACCUCAAUAAGAAACUAGUUUUGCAGUACACGUGAAAAUGUUCAUUAGCUACAAAAGAAAUGUGAAUUUAGUAAUGGAUGACAAGAAUGGGCAGAGGAACACACACAUUUGUAGUUGGCACUAUGAACAAAAUAUUCAUAGUAUUUGUAAUAGUAAUAAGAUAUAUCUUGUUAAAAAAUGUUAAUGUAGACUAACAUUGCAGAUUUUUUGAUUGAACGUUUCAGAAACGUCAGUUUAGUUCUUCUACAAUGACACAGUAGUGAGUUUGAUUGCUUACUGCUUAUUGCAAGCCAAAACUUAAGCAUAUCACAGCAAAUAAACAUUAGCUGCCUUCUUCACUGAUCAACACCACUGAUAAUUACUGCCAUAUGACUUAUUUUACUUAUGAUAUACAUUAUUUUGAUAGCCUUUUCAAAAUUUUGGAUAAUUUUUUAUGAACAUAUUACCAGCUACAGAUUCCUCCUAGGAUUGUGUCUUUAGUACAGGUGGCAGCAUUGCAUCCUGGCACAGAGCAUUCCAAAGCCAGAGGUAAUGACAAAUAGAUUAGUAUUUCUAGUGAAAAAUCUGUAAAUGAAAAAUUUUCCUGUUGGUCAUUAUACAAAGCUAAUAUGGUGUAGUUCUUCCGUUGUUCACAUAUAAAAUGAUUUUAUUGUGUUCCGCUUGUAGUUGACUAAGAUAAGAUCUGCCUUAAAAUCAGAUUAAUGUCUUUCUACAUGUUUAAAUUCAUAAAUGUGGUUAGUUGUUAACAGCAAUUGCCAAAAGGUCUUCAAAAAUCUCGAUUUUUUUUCUUAUUUUAAUUGUACUUAUUAUCAGAAUUGAAUAUUAUCUUGUGUUGUAGUUCACAGCAUAAUAAGUCUUUUGGUAUCUUCUUAUUUCAAAAUACUGUUAAACUUGAAACUUGAGCAUCAUACAAUGAAUAUAAUAAUUAUUAAUAUUAAAUGCUAUUGAAAAAUAUAUUAUGGUAACAGUGAUGAACAGUUUUGGCCAUA